AGCGAGGCGAUAGCGAUAAGACUGCUUCUGCUUCUGCUUCUGCUUCACUUCCUCUACUUCUGCUACUUCUUCUACUAUUACUACAUUCUCUACUUUUCUACUCCUCUACUCAAUUACUGCUCGCCUGCUCACGUUCUAUCUAUCAGCGCCGCACGCCAUUCGGCUUUCUCCGACCUCUGCUCGACCAACUUUUUAUAUCCCACCCAUCCUUCUCAACCUCCACCUCCCCGCAAGACCAAACACCUCAAUGCCCUCGAUCUUCGUCUCCAACAAAGUCCUCAUCGACAAGGCGCUGAUCCCCGCCACCGUCUUCGUCGGCGACUCCGGCAAGAUCGACAAUAUCAUCCCCGGCGUCAUCUUCCCUCCUCCCGGCAACAGCGCCGCCGGCGUGCGCUACCACGACUUCUCUUCAAAAGUGCUGCUUCCCGGUCUCGUCGAUGCCCAUGUCCAUCUGAACGAACCCGGCCGGACGGAGUGGGAAGGCUUCGAGACCGGCACCCGCGCUGCUGCCUCGGGCGGCGUCACCACCGUCGUCGACAUGCCGCUCAACGCGAUCCCACCCACGACGACCGUCGCGAACCUCGACAUCAAGCUCGCGGCCGCCAAGAGCCAGACCUACGUCGACGUUGCGUUCUGGGGCGGCGUCGUGCCUGGAAACCAAGACGAGCUGAUCCCGCUGGUUGACGCUGGUGUGCGCGGGUUCAAGUGCUUCAUGAUCGAGUCCGGCGUGGACGAGUUCCCUGCCGUGUCCGAGACCGACAUCGAGACCGCAAUGACAAAGCUCGCGGGCUCUGGCGCGGUCUACAUGUUCCACGCUGAGAUGGUGCCGGCCGAGGGUGAGCCCGUGCUCUCGAGCGACAUGAAGACUACAGAGUACUCCACUUUCCUUGCCUCGCGGCCCGACACGUUCGAAACCACUGCGAUCAAGAAGAUCAUCGAGGUCGCCGAGUCCGUCGCGAGCAAAACCUCAAAGUCAGAUGUGAAGCUGCACGUCGUGCAUGUUUCCUCGGCCGAGGUGCUCCCGCUUCUAAAACAGGCUCAGGCCUCGGGUCUGCAGAUCUCCGCCGAAACCUGCUUCCACUACCUCACCUUUGCCUCCGACGCCGUCCCCGAAAAGGCAACCCACUACAAAUGCUGCCCGCCGAUCAGAACAAAGGAGAACCAGGACAAACUCUGGGACGCGCUCAAGUCCGGCAUCCUGAACACCGUUGUCUCGGAUCACUCGCCGUGCACGCCUCAGCUCAAGGAUCCCGAGCACGGAGAUUUCUUCAACGCCUGGGGCGGUGUUUCUGGUCUCGGACUCGGGCUCUCUGUGCUCUGGACCGAGGCUCGCAAGCGCGGUGUUUCGCUCGAACAGGUGUCGGCAUGGACGUCGAAGAACACGGCCGCGCAGGUCGGUUUGCUGGGUCGCAAGGGCGAGAUCGACGUCGGUCGCGACGCGGACUUUGUCGUCUUUGAUCCCGACCGCGAGUUCACGGUCGAGGAAGCAAACCUCGUGUUUAAAAACAAGGUCUCGCCGUACAAGGGACUCAAGCUGACGGGUCUGGUGGAGAAGACUUAUUUGAGAGGUGAAGUCAUCUACGACGUCGCGAGCGGGGUGGCCGAGAAGCCGGCUGGCAAGCUUAUUCUCGAGCGGUUAUCAAAGUAGUAGUAUAUAUAUAUAUUAUGUUAUGGCACUAACGUCAGAAAAUGCACAUAGAA